CAAAGCGCGCCCUGGCGUUGGACUUGGAAGCCAGAAAGACCGGAUAAAUUCCGCCUUUGUCACCUGGGCAUAAGUGAGGUUCUUAUCUGAAAAUAAGGAUAGUAGUUAAAAACUGCUUUGUGGUGUUGUUCAGAAAGAGGCCUAAAUCUCAAUGUCUUUGGAACGUUCUUUGGAACGUCUUUGGAACGUUCAUCUCUUGUGUGGCAAGCAGCAGAGGAGCCCUGGGGACAGGAGUCCCACCUGGAAGAAAAGUUUAUCUGACAGGAACCAUAUUCACCAAAGCUUCAGAACAAAUGCAGAAGAACCCAGAAAGGAGUGGGUCCUAAUUUGUUCCACCAGAAGCAUUUUGUUAUUACCUUUUCCAGAAAGAGCCAGACUUGGUGAUGUCACCACAUCCAGAAGCCAUCACAGACUGUAUGACAGUGGAAACUGGUCCAGCUUGCAGAAGGUGGUGAGCUGGGGUUGGAAGAGAUUGGUGAUUGUCAGGCCGUACAAGAAAAGCCAAGCCAGAGCCAAGGAAAUUCAUUCUCUGUCCCUAAACAGCCCCCUAUUUUCUUCAUUCUUCACUUACUUUGCAGAUUCUGAGCCACUCUCUCAUUGUGUCCAUCAGAAGGGGCAUCUAGGGAUAUGCUGAGGCUUCCUUUAUCCUGAACAUAAAGAAUUACAAAAUGACAGUAUAGGAGUAGAUUUCUAUCUCUGACUCUUUUGAAACUUUUAAAAAACUGGAGCCUCAGAUGUAUGUCCCCUGGUCACCCAGGACAGAGCUAGGAGGAAAGCAUAGUGCUGUUCAUUCUGUCACACCUUAUCCUUCACAGUUGUCCGUACUCUCCCAACAACAGCAGAAAAUGGACACAACUCAGGCAUCAGUGUCAUUCAAGGACGUGACUGUGGAGUUCACCCAGGAGGAGUGGCAGCAAAUAGGUCCAAUUCAGAGGACCCUGUAUAGAGAUGUGAUGCUGGAGAACUACAACAACCUGGUCUCAGUGGGGAACUGCAUUUUCAAACCAGCAGUAAUCUUCAAAUUGGAGCAAGGAGAGGAGCCUUGGUUCUUAGAAGAAGAAUUCUUAAACCAGAGCCACCAAGAAGAUUACAGAGAUGAUUACCUGAUCAAGAGGAACAAGAAAAUCAAAGACAACCACUUUCAGGAAGUAAUAUCCAUUGAUAAUAAACUAUUGACUGGAGAGGAAGAGGAAAUUUUGGGAAAACAGUUUAAUCUGCACAUAGCUCCUGUUUCAACAAAAAUGUCCUGUAAAUAUGACUCAUGGGGAGUAAAUUUGCAAAAUAUUUCCCAAUUUAUCAUUAAUAAUAGAAACUAUUCAACAAAAAAACCAGAUUGCUGUAGUGUAUGUGAAAAUUUGUCUUUCAAAAUUAAGUUUGAGAGAAACCACACUGGAGAGAAGUUAUAUGAAUAUAAUAGUAGUGGGGAAGCUUUCAGUUAUAAGGAAAAUCCUCCUGAGAGUCAAAAGUGUCAAACGUUGGAGCAAGCUUUUAAAUAUAAUGAAAUUGGAAAAACCAUCUUUGAUGAGGCUGCCUGUGUUACACAUAAGAAUAUUCACACAGGAGAAAAAUCCUAUAAAAAUGAUGGAUUUAGGGGAAAAAAUGAAAAAACAACUGUCUUUAACUAUAAAACAACUGGGACAGGGGAGAAAUACCCUCAUCUUAACCAAUGUGGGAAAUCCUUCUGUGAGAAGUCAGCUCUCAAGGAAUACAAUAAAUUCAACAUGGCUGUGAAACAUGAAUGUAAUGCAAGUGGGAAUAAUUUCUACAAGAAGUCAUACUUCACUCAACCUCAGAUACCUGUCACAGAAGAGAACUCAUUAGUAUGUAAUGACAGAAGACAAACUGGGGAUAAAUCCUUUGAAUAUCAUGAAGAUAGGAAAUCCUACCACAUAUCAGCCCACAAAGUACGACAGCGAAGUCACUCUGAAGUAAAACCCUAUAAGUGUAAUGAAUGUGGUAAAUCUUUCUUUCAAAAAGGACAUCUCAUUCAACAUCAGAGAACUCACACAGGAGAGAAACCAUUUGAAUGUAAUGAAUGUGGAAAAACCUUCUCCCAGAAGUCACACCUCAGUACACAUCAGAGAAUUCACAGAGCAGAAAAACCCUAUAAGUGUAAUGAAUGUGGGAAAACAUUUGUCCAGAAGUCAACCCUCAGGGGACAUCAGAGAAUUCAUACAGGAGAGAAGCCUUAUAAAUGUAGUGAAUGUGGGAAAACUUUUGUUCAAAAGUCAACCCUCAGAGAUCAUCACAGAAUUCACACAGGAGAGAAAUCCUUUCAGUGUAAUGAAUGUGGGAAAACUUUUGGUCAGAAGUCAAACCUCAGAAUACAUCAGAGAACACAUAGUGGUGAGAAAACAUAUCAGUGUAACGAAUGUGAAAAAUCGUUCUGGCGAAAAGACCAUCUCAUUCAACAUCAGAAAACACACACAGGAGAGAAACCUUUUAAAUGUAAUGAAUGUGGGAAAACUUUUGCCCGGACAUCAACCCUUAGAGUGCAUCAAAGAAUUCAUACUGGGGAGAAACCAUUUAAAUGUAAUGAAUGUGGGAAAAAAUUUGUCCGGAAGGCAAUCCUUAAUGAUCAUCAGAGAAUUCAUACAGGAGAGAAACCUUUUCAGUGUAAUAAAUGUGGGAAAACUUUUGGCCAGAAAUCAAACCUCAGAAUACAUCAGAGAAUUCACAGUGGUGAAAUCUUAUAA